AUGAUCUUAACCAGUUCUUACAAGAUCAUGGCAUCAUACAUCAACGCUCAUGCCCUUACACUCCCCAACAGAAUGGGGUGGCUGAAAGAAAGAACAGACACUUAUUGGAAGUCAUUCGUGCCUCUCUCUUUGGUGCCAAUAUGCGACGACACUUUUAGGGCGAAGCCGUGGUCUUUGCAGCAUACCGAGGAGAAUCGAGAAUCCACCACUACUCCAAUUCUCGAUUUUGUUCCCCAGGACGUCACUCUGCAUCAAAAUGAUCGGUUGCUAGUGGAAAGCAACCGAUCACCUCCCCUUAGUUCUUCAACUACAGAGAACCUGCUUCAAAACGACCGGUCGCCAGCAGACAGCGACCAGUCGCCAGAGGAAAAUGAUCAAUUGUCUCCAUGCUAUCAAAAUCGGGAGGAGGAAAUUGAACCGUUUUAUGAGAUUUUGCCUUCUUCAGCUCUAGUACCGCACCAAUCACCUGCUGAGGAAGUCAUUCAAGUAACAUAUUUUUCUGAAACUGAUAACACUAAUGAAAUAUAUCAUGAUGAUUUGAUUUCAGAAAGCACAGAGCCUACAUAUCAGCUUCCAAAAAGGAAGAACCGUGGCAAACCUCGAGUACAAUAUGAAGCAGAUCUUAAAGCCAAAGGGAAAUACCUCAUCAAUAAUUAUAUAUCUCUCAGCAGAUUAUCAGAGUCACAUGUGCACUAUGUGAAGCAGUUGGCUGACAUAUCUGUCCCCAACAGUGUAACUAAAGCACUAGAAGACCCAAAAUGGAAAGAAGCUAUGAAUGAAGAAAUGCAAGCUCUCCAAAAGAAUGUCACAUGGGAACUCAUGCCCUUACCCCAUGGAAAGAAGAUAGUAGGAUGCAGGUGGAUUUAUACUGUGAAACUUAAAGCAAAUGGAUCCGUUGAAAGAUAUCAAGCUAGAUUGGUGGCAAAGGGGUACACACAGAGAUUUGGGAUAGACUACGUAGAGAGCUUUGCCCUAGUUGCCAAGAUUAACACUAUUAGAGUCCUAUUGUCUCUAGCAGCAAAUCUCAAUUGA